ACAUCAAUUGCUGCUUUGUGCAAUAUUUCUUCCCUGUUGCGAAUACUUGGCAUCAAUGUAUCAACUCUUCAUGCUCAGAUGCAGCAGCAAGCUCGCUUGAAGGCCAUUGAUCAUUUUCAAGCAAAUGAAAAUGGUAUUCUUGUUGCCACUUAUGUUGCAGCAAGAGGUCUUGAUAUUCCUGGUGUACGAACUGUAAUUCACUAUCAGCUUCCUCAUUCAGCAGAUUCAAAGUUUGCCUCUUUGUGCAGAUCAUUCCUUAAGGAAAGUAUCAAAAGAUUUCCUUUAGAAAGCUCAUACAUGCCAGAGCUCACAAGCUAUCUAUCUCUUGCACGUCAAAUAGACAAGAUAAUGUGGAAGGAAUCCCAGGAAAAGGCAAAGAAAAGCUGGUUACAAUGGAGUGCAGAAUCAUUAGAAUUAGACGAUUGCACGGAGCCACUCCAGGCACCACGGAAUGCUGGUCAUGAGGUGGCCAUGGAUGUGAAGCAGAUUGCAGAAAAGCGAAGAAAGGUGGAGAAUUUGAGAAGGAAAAGAAAAGAAGAAAAGAAACGAUUGCACAACCAACGUAGAAAGCAGAAUAAAAACCGAAAGGGAACGGUGAGAGACUUGGGUUUUGUUUGAAAACACUUUUUGAUAUUUUAAUUUUUAA